CUUUCCUCCCUCUAGCUUUCUCUCUUUUCUCUUUCUCUAUUUGCUCUGCUAUUCCCUCCCUGUGAUUCUCCACCAUAUUUCCUAAAGACCCAUCAAAUUUACUUUAUAAAAGAAGAAGAAAUAAAGAUCAAACACCAUGGUUUUCUCAUCUAUUCCAGUCUAUUUAGAUCCUCCCAAAUGGCACCAGCAACCAAAUCAUCCCUUAGGAAGUGGAAGUACAGAGAAUCACCCACAGCUUCCACCACUACCUCCGCCGCAGCAGUUCGGCACUCAUGUCGGCGGUGGUAGUGACGGUAGUGGUACGGGCUCCAUCAGACCCAAUUCCAUGGCUGAUCGAGCCCGGCUGGCCAAGAUACCACAGCCAGAGACCUCACUCAAGUGUCCCCGGUGCGAGUCCACCAACACCAAGUUCUGCUACUUCAACAACUACAGCCUCUCUCAGCCUCGCCACUUCUGCAAGGCGUGCCGCCGUUACUGGACAAGAGGAGGUGCCCUUAGAAAUGUUCCGGUGGGAGGAGGGUGCAGGAGAAACAAAAAGAGCAAAACCAGCAGCAGUGGCCGUUCCAAGUCUCCGGUAUCAGCCAGCUCCACUGAGAAUCAGCAGAUGAGACAAACAGGUUCUAACCCGAGCGGUUUGAUUAGUCAAUUGUCACAAGCACAGGGUCAGUCACUUCCCUUCCUGGAGUCGAUACAGAAUCUUAAUCGUUACGGUGGUGCUGGAAACAUGGGAUUAAACAGCUUCGGUGAUAUCCAGCAAGCUCAAGCUCAGGGUACUGAUCUCAUGGGGUUUCAGAUAGGAGCUGGGAAUAAUUUGAUGAACUUAUCCGGUGGGUUGGGAAUGGAUCAGUGGCGUAAUUUGCAGCAGAUUCCAUUCUUGGGUACUACUGGUUUCGAGUCAUCAUCAACAACAUGUUUAUACCCAUUUCAAAACACUGCUGAAGGAGUUGACCAAGACAGUCAGCUAAGGACUACUAAUUCUAGGGUUACUACUCUUCAGGUGCCUCCUCUAAAAGUUGAAGAUCACAACCAUGGGGUGAGUUUGACGAGACCCUUUUUGGGUAUCUCAGGGAAUAACAAUAACAAUAACAACAGCAACAACAAUCAGUUCUGGAGUGGAAAUGGGUGGACAGAUUUAUCAGGUACUCUCAACUCUUCGAACUCCUCCACAAGUCAUCUCUUAUAAGAACCCUUAAGGGUUAAUCUUGACAGGUACGUAGUCCAAAUCCGAGAAACACUUGCAAGAAACCCUAUAUCUCAGAUUUUGAUCGUUAGAGGAGAUAUCGAUGGACGAUCCAAGAAAUUAAAUGGGUAGGCUUGAUUUGUUCUACUAAAUUUGUAUUUUAUGUUUCUUAACAAUUUGCUUGAGUACUUUUUAAAUGUGCAAGCAUCCUACUAUCCUGUAUUGUAGGUGUUUGUUUUAUUAUAUUUGCAAUUGGUCCGAUCCUUAUGUGUGUAUCAUACUAUGAUGGUUGUUGUAUCUGAUACAAGUAAUGAGCUCAGUUUAAUUUCAUUU